UUCAUCCAGCUAGCGGUGCUGGUGCAAUGAAUGCAAUGCAGGAUGCAGUGGCUCUGGCAAAUUGGAUUAGUGUACUUGAUUCAACAGCAACCGACGAAAUAACAAAAGCCUUCAAAGAGUAUAGAGCAGAGCGUUACCCAGUUGCCAUGGCUACCUUUACAGAGGCACGAGCGGUAUCUAGGGAUCUAAAAGCCAGGAUUAUUCGCUACCUCACUAAAAAUAUGCCGAGCUGGCUCUGGAGCAUUAUGCUUAAGCGCAUGGUAGAAUCACGCCCCCAAGUCUCGUUCUUGCCACUGGUAGAGGACAAAGGGACUGUGCCACCCAAGUACCAACCAAGUCUUCAAAAGACAUUGGCAAUCAGGAAAGCAAGAGAGACUGCAGAAGCAAGUCGAGUAACCGCAGCUACAGCUCUCUAG